AUGCGAAAAGUCGCGGCCUCCAAAGCUUGCUCUGCCUUCUCCUUCGCUUGCUCUGCCUUCUCCUUCGCCGUCUCGCCUGUCUCCGCCACCUUCUCCUUCGCCGUCUCGCCUGUAUCCGCCACCUUCUCCUUAGUCUCCUCUUUCUUCCCCGUCAGAAAUUCCACCGCCCUCUUGGCGGCCCCAGCCGCCGUGUCCUUCAGCUCCGCCAUCUUCCCCACCGCCACAUCCUUUCCCUCCGCCGCCUUCUCCGACGUUCGUGUCCUUCGCUUGCUUGGCCUUCUCGGCGGUUGUGUCCUUGGCUUGCUUGGCCUUCUCUGCGGCCGUGUCUUUGUACUCACUGGCUUUUCCGGCGACGGUGUCCUUCGUCUCCGCCGCCUUUUGGGCGGCCGUCUCCUUGGCUUGCUUUGCCUUCUCGGCGGCCGUGUCCUUGUACUCGCUGGCUUUUCCGGCGACGGUGUCUUUCGUCUCCGCCGCCUUCUGGGCGGCCGUGUCCUUGGCUUGUUUGGCCUUCUCGGCGGCCGUAUCCUUGUACUCGCCGGCUUUUCCGGCGACGGUGUCCUUCGUUUCCGCCGCCUUCUCUUUAGUGUAUCCGGCGUACUCACCGGCCUUUCCGGCGGCGGUGUCCCUGGCCUCGUCGGGUUUCUCCGCCGUGUAGUCUGCGGCGUCGUGGGAUUUGCCCAAGACGGCGUCCUUGGCGCCCUGAACGGUGCGGAUUAUGCUGCCGAUAACUCCCGGCUGGGGCUCGGCGCCCUCGACGGCCACGGCCUCUCGCUCCUUCCUCUCACGGUUGGCCUGGCUGAGCUCGUCGGCAGCGGCUCUGGCGGCGGCCUCGGCCCUCUCUUCCUUAGAUGGGAUUUGCAGGGAAGGAGAGAUGAGUAUAUAAAGACGGUUCGUCUGAGAGCGUGGGAUGACACGUGUUAG